AUGUCGAACUGCUCCGAGAUUGAAAAUAGCGAUUGCAACCCCGAACGAACGGGCAGGGCCCCCAAACGAAGGAAAUUGGAAGAGAGAAAUUGGCGUCUUGAGACAACAAGGCUCAAAACUUUCUCCCGCGAAGACUACACAGUAGGAUGGAUAUCGGCUUUGCCGCUGGAGCUAGCGGCCGCCCAGGCAAUGCUCGACGAGAUUCACGGUGAUGCUGGCAAAUUGGAUAUGGACAAUAACACAUAUACGUUUGGCACUAUGGCAGGCCACAAUUGUGUCAUUGCAUGUCUGCCGGCUGGAGUAUACGGGCAUACGUCUGCGACUACAGUGGCCAGUCAGAUGCGAUCGAGCUUCCCUUCCGUCAGGUUCUGGCUCUUAGUCGGAAUCGGAGGAGGCGCGCCAACCGACAAAGCCGAUAUUCGACUUGGGGACGUCGUUGUCAGUAUGCCGACUUCACAAAGCCCUGGAGUGAUCCAGUAUGACUACGGAAAGUUGAUUGGGGACGGCAUAUUCGAACGAACAGGGGUCUUGAACAAACCGCCUACACUCCUUCUGACCGCUGUCUCCAAGCUUCAAGCGCAACAUCGGACUGAGGGAUACUCACGCAUAUUAUCGUUAAUUGAUGAAAUGACGAGCAAGUAUCCGCAGAUGAAGCCACUGUAUGGGCCCCAAGAAUCCGGAAGCGACGUAUUGUUUAAGGCAGAUUAUGCCCACCAGGAGGGAGACAGUUGCCAAAACUGUAACCGAAGAUUCGCAGUGACGAGACCGACGAGACAAUCAUGCUCGCCGGCUGUUCAUUACGGUACGAUUGCCUCAGCAAAUCAAGUUAUGAGGCAUGCAGCCGUCAGGGAUCGAUUUGCGAGAGAGCUAGGAAUUCUUUGCUUUGAGAUGGAAGCAGCUGGACUCCUUGAUAACUUUCCAUGUUUAACAAUUAGAGGCAUUUGUGAUUAUGCCGAUUCCCAUAAAAACAAAGAGUGGCAAGAAUUUGCAGCGGCGACGGCAGCUGCCUAUGCCAAAGAAUUGCUGGGCAUGGUCCUCCCCACAUCGCAGUCCGAGUUACAGACGCAUCGCCUGCCAACAUCUGUUCUCGAGCAUCGGCGACUGUGCCUCGUGACAUUAGACUUUGACAGCCGAGAAGAACGUGGGCUGGCAAUCAAAAGGGCCUUUUCAGAAACGUGCAAAUGGCUGCUCGGCCGGCCUGAGUACCAGAAAUGGCUGGAUAGCAGAUUGUCGCACGAGCACAAUGGAUUUCUGUGGAUCAAGGGCAACCCAGGAACGGGGAAAUCAACCUUGAUGAAGUUUGCGUUCGAAAACACAAAGCGAACGCCUCUGACUGCAGGCGCCAUUGUCGUCUCGUUUUUCUUCAAUGCGCGAGGAGAUGAACUGGAAAAGUCUGCCGCUGGCAUGUAUAGGUCUCUUCUCUUUCAGUUAUUCCAUCGGUUACCUCGUCUUCAAAACAUAUUAGACUCAGAGGUAGAGCCGUCGAUGCUAAACCAAGGAAGUUGGAGCCUUGAGCGCCUGCAAGAUGUCUUUCGCCUUGUUAUUCUGAAUUUGGAAGGGCAACAACCUCUUAUAUGUUUCAUCGAUGCUCUAGAUGAGUGCGACGAAUGUGAGGUUCGAGACAUGGUUGACUACUUUGGUGAGCUUGGCCAGCUUGCAGCCUCCAGUCUGAUAUCCCUUCAUAUCUGUCUCUCGAGUCGCCACUACCCCCAUGUUACCUUCGAUAAGGGACUUGAAAUGAUCCUGGAAGGGCAGGAAGAACAUGGGAAAGACAUAUCAUACUAUUUGGAUCGCAAACUAGCGAGCAUUAAACACAAAGAGAUUCCAGAAGUCAAGGUGGAAAUCAUUGAAAAGGCGUCGGGAAUCUUUUUGUGGGUUGUGCUCGUUGUUGAUAUAUUGAAGAGGACAUAUGAUGAGGGUCGUAUGAGAGCCUUACGGAAAAGACUGCGAGAAAUCCCACCAAGGCUCAAGGAAUUGUUCAAAGACAUACUGACACGAGACAAACAGAAUAUGGAAGACCUGCUUCUUUGCCUGCAAUGGACUCUUUAUGCGAACAGGCCGCUUAGUCCGCAUGAGCUCUUCUAUGCCGUUCAGUCAGACAACGAGAACGAGUCAGACCUAAUGGAACCGCCAGAGGAUGAUGAUUCUGUCUUCCGGUUUAUCCUAAGCUCCUCUAAAGGUUUAAUAGAAGUGACCAAGUCGAGGCAAAAGACCGUUCAGUUUAUCCAUGAGACGGUCCGCGAUUUCUUGCUCAAAGAAGGAGGCUUGGACGAGCUAUGGAGGGACAUGCGUGCUAGCAGAACGGUGCUUGGUCACGAAACCUUAAAAUCCUGCUCCUGGAACUACCUGAAAAAAGCAUACAUCGUCACGGAAAGAAUAUUGCCCCACGAUCUCCCUCCCGCCAAAUCAACAGAGGCCGUAGCCCUGAGGGUGAAAGCGUCAAAGAGCUUUCCAUUCCUGGAUUACGCUGUCAAUAACGUUUUGCAGCAUGCAGAGGCUGCAGAGCAGGCUGGCGUUCCUCAGGCAGAUUUUCUUACGUCUUUCGAUGCUUACCAGUGGACAUGCAUGUAUAACCUAUUUGAAAAGCACGAAAUUCGGAGAUAUGCCCAACAGACGAGACUCACAUAUACCUUGGCCGAAAGGAAUCUCAGUCAUCUGCUAAAGGCAACGAUUGAGGCUUCAUCACUCAAAGGCAUUUUCAAUAAUUGCGAGUGCCUCUACUGUGGAAAUUGUUGGCAUGGGCCUGGCAAAAAUUCCCAUCGCUGGGCCUCUCCGUUCCUUGCCGCUGUGGCCAAGCGCAAUGAAAAGGUGAUCAGGGUACUCUUCACCACGGGCUGUACGUCAUACGCCCUCCAAGAAGAGGAUCUGGCCGCUCUAACUUCGCGCCUGUCUGAAUUUAAGCCGCCGAGAAAAUUUACAAUCUUCGAAUAUGCAAUGAAGACUCCAGACCUUCCACUUCUGAGGCUUAUUCUCUCAACUGGCCGAGUUGAUUUGCUAAGUCAUGCUAGGAUCGGUGGGCCUGUAGUGUUUGCCGUUGAAAGCGGGAAUCCUUCUCUACUUACGACAGUUUUGGAUUUUGGUGCUGACCCGAAUGAACGAAUGAUUGGUUAUAACCCCAUGGAUAGCCCUCUCGCUGCUGCCAUCCAAUCGAGGCAAGCUGACAUUGUACGGCUGCUCCUGGAGCGUGGAGCAGACCCUAACUUGGAUCGACCUGGCUCUUUGCCUCCUCUCUUGGAGGCGGUCGAGGCAGGAUCAUGCGAUAUCGCCCAACAGCUCCUCUCGGCCGGGGCCAAUAUGACGACGACUUGGUAUGUGCCAGCCCUCCAUUUUGCCGUUGACCGAAAUCGGGGUCAAAUUGUGCGAUUACUGCUCCAAAUGGGGGCCGACAUAAACUCGCGAGAUUCAAAAGGAUCUACCCCUCUACAUUACGCCUCAACCCUUGAGAUUUGCGAGCUCUUGAUAGAUAGUGGCGCGGAUCUCGAUAUAAGGGACAACAUGGGAAGGUCGCCGAUAUUUUCUUUCUCGCGUAUAUAUGAAAAAGUACAAUCACUUGUCCGCAGAGGGGCCGAAGUCAAUAUUAAGGAUAACAACGGUGUCACUCCUCUCAUGUGGGUCGCUGGUGGGAUUAAUUAUAUUUACCGGGCAGAAAUCGUUCAGCUUCUGCUUGACAAUGGAGCUAAUCCGAACGAAUGUAGCAAAUCUGGCAGCACUGCUCUCAGUGAGGCUGUGGAUGCCGUCAACCUGGAUGCUGUUGAGAUACUUCUUAAAUGCGGCGUCUGUGAUGUGGAAGUAAGGGAUUCACAGGGAAGAACAUGCCUAGAGCGCACAACCAGCCGUUCUUUCAAGUCCGAUAUGUUAAUGGAGGAACGCAGGCUCUCAAUGAUGAAGCUUCUUCAGGGCAGAGACGAGCGUUAG